GGUUGCAGUUUGGGCACUCGGUCUCUGAAAGGUUUGCCAUCACUGGUCUAGAUGGGGCAAUGAGGAGCAAUGCUAUCAUCUUUGACAGAUGCAACCUCUCAGCCAUCCUGAAGGACAAUGGAUUGGAGGGAUUUUCAGGCACCACAAUAGCAGAGUGGAUUUGUUUGGUGUUUCAUAGCAGUGGCUUUGAUACCUCAGCCCUCAAUGUGGGACCAAGGGCUACCAAUCAUGGGAUCUUCUUGCUAAGUGCAAAGUGGUGGUGUGACGAUUUCAAGACACCACAUGCACGCAACUAUUGCAACUUAAGUUGUGAAGCCCUGCGGGAUGAUAACAUUACUGAUGAUAUUCAAUGUGCCAAGAGAGUUGUCCAAAAAAGCAUGGGCUUUGCAGCAUGGACUUCCUGGAGCAUACACUGUAAAGGACAAGAUCUGAGGAAAUAUAUUGCAGGCUGUGACUUGGAAGAAGUCACCUCUUCACCGCCAGUCUCAGAAAAAGUCUUUACUGGUGACCAGAGGCCAAAGACUACCCAUCCAGGAGUAGAUCUUCUGACUACUCCUUUCCAAGACAUAUACCCUGAAGAAUCUACUCUCCCAUUAAAAAAAUGGCCUAAUUCUGAGCUUCCAGCCAUGGGUUCUUCAAAGCCUACAGUUUCUAUAAGAAAGUUCCCAAAUACCACCUUUCUAUCUGAGAAUCUUCCAAAAUCCAAUAUUUCCGUCAAAGAGCCUCCAGGAUUCACCCUCUCGACACAUAGUCCCUUAAAGCCCUCUGUUACAUUAGGGGAAGCCCCAAAUUCCGUCCCACCCAAGAUUCCUCCAGAACCUAUAGCCUCCAUCAAUGAGACUUCAAAUUCCACCCUCCAAGCAGUUGAUCCCAAAAAGUAUUCGGUCCCAUCGCCUAACCCAGCAUUUUUUAACAACGCAUAGAAGAACAAAUGGUAAAACUAGGGGUUUUUUUUUUAAAAAAAAUCAUAUUGUAUCAAAGUUGCCAUGAAUGUGCAGUGAAAUUGCAGCAUCUUUUCCUAGCAUGGAGCCAUAACACUCUUCUUUGGGGAUAGUGGUGUCAUUUAUUUAUUACAUUCUUCAUUUAUAAAUGAUAUUCUAUACAUGAAAAUAAUGUUCUCAAUAGCAUUAGAUAAACUGAUAUGGUUAGAAAAAGCAAGGUUUGUGUGUAUAAUAUGAAAACGUAUGACAUUGCUUUAAAUAAAAAAAAUGCAAAACUCUGAAAACUGUUGAAUCAUCAGUGAUCUAACAUGACUAUUACAUUUUCAAUUAUCCCAACAUUGACAGAUCUUGGUGAUGUGUGUAUAAAUAUACCAAUUAAAAUUCUUUCAUAUUUAAUUGGUAUAAGUAUGUUGUCGCUAAAAUUAAUUCAAACCACAGAAGAGAUGUCCUCUGUUAAUGGCAUCUAUCCACCCUACAAAAUA